AUCUCUCAGACGUUGCUGUUCACUUUUGUCAGUAAUCUGAUUUGAAUUGAGAGUUUACAUAUUUAAUUUUAGGCACCUGUCCAUUGAAACCUUUAGAGAUAGUAUCCGUUGUAUGCCACGCAAUGCUGCCCUCUGCAGUCGCUCUCGAGAACUGACGCUUCUGACAGUGUAUAAUGUUACUUAUUGCAUAUGUUUAAAACAUUUAUAGUGUUUCGCUGAGCAUAAGUGACAGUGUUGUUUUUUAUUGGACAAGAAUAUAUAUUUUUUUUCUUUAUUAAGUUGAACAACGUAUUUAAAAAUACAUACUGUAAAGAGUAAGAUUAAACCGGCGUACUCUUGACGGCCUCUAGAGGGCAUCAUCUGUCAAUUCCUGUCUGCACGUGCGACAGGUGCUGCGUCAGGGAGAAAUACUUUGACCGAAGAAAGUGAAUGUGUUGACAAACCACUCGCUCUUUACAUGGUAUGAUAACUUAACAUUCUUUAACGUAACUGCAGUAUCCUCCGUCGAUGAUGACAUUCGCUUUUAUUAAAAUUACACACAUGAUGCUCUUAAAAGUUUGAGGGAAAAGAAUCGUUGCUGCUUUUAAGUAGGCUAUAUUUCUUUUAUUUUCACAAAAUCCAUCCGACCUCUGCUUUCUUCCUAAGCAGUAACUCCAGGGAUCUAUAAUCUCAGUCUUUUAUUAGUUUUCUAAUCCUUUAACUGGUCUUCACGGGUGGUCAAAGAGUCGCUCUCUAGCCCUGGUUUUUCUCUCAAUCAUUGUUCCUCCUUGGAGCAUGUGGAGGCGCGUCCAGUAACGCGAAGCGCAAGCGCGUUUCAGUUGCCACGGGCCAGUGACGCACGGACGCACAGCUGCCCCGAGGCACCGCGAGUGCGUUUGCGGCACACUGUGUGCCAAGUGUCCCACCCGACACAGUCUGCUGCGGGACAUGGGGCAAACGCUGCAAACGAGCGCACACCGGGCUCUACUCUACCAAGGAAGGCGCUGGAAGAUGGCAAUAUCCACACCGAACGUCUUUGCAGUGCACUGAUGCCGUCUGAAAAGAAAGGAAAACAGGCAUGCAGCCAUAGAUGAGUCUCUCCAAAACUGCUUAGCCCAACAGAUCCACUCACUCCUUCAUGUUCUGACAUCCAUCAUGGUGUAUGGGCAGGUCCUGCACCGCCAAGGCCCCGAGGAGAGCUUCAUCAACCUCAACGUCGGCGGCUUUAAGCAGCAAGUGGAACGAAUGGUCCUCCAACGCUUCCCCCACACACGACUGGCCAAACUUCUCUACUGCAGCUCAGAGGCUGCUAUUCUCCAGCUUUGCGACGACUAUGCAGCAUCCGAACGCGAGUAUUAUUUUGACCGAAAUCCGUGUUUUUUUCGCUACGUGCUCAAUUUCUAUCAUACCGGAAAGAUCCACCUGAUGGAAGAGUUGUGUGUGUUUAGUUUCAGCCAGGAGUUGGAAUAUUGGGGCAUCAAGGAGCUUCACCUGGACGCUUGCUGCAGCGACAGAUUUCAAGAACAGAAAGAGUACACAGGAGAUCACGACUGGGGAAAUGACGAUGACCUGCAGAACCAACUACAGGACAGCUUAGAUUCAUCGAUGGAGGAACUGUCAGCAUUUGACAAAGACCUGGAAAAGUUUGAGGGCACCUGGUGCUCUGAGAAGCGUAAGGAACUCUGGCUGCGACUGGAAAACCCGGGAUAUUCGUGCUCCGCAAAAAUAAUGGCAGUGUUUUCACUGAGUGUGGUACUGAUGAGUAUUGUGGCCAUGUGCGUUCAUAGCAUGCCUGAGUUCCAAAGGCUGGACGUUAAUGACAAAGAAGUGGAGGACCCAGUGUUGGCUGUGUUCGAGACCUUUUGCGUCCUCUGGUUUUCUCUCGAGUUCAUCCUACGGUUAGCAGUCACACCAUGUAUGCGCAAAUUCCUAAGCAAUGUGCUAAACAUCAUUGAUUUCGCCUCUAUAGUUCCAUUUUAUGCCACGUUGGCGUUUGAAACCAUGGAUGCUGAGGAAAGCGAGGAGCUUGAGAACGUGGGAAGGGUCGUGCAAAUCCUGCGCCUCAUGCGUAUCUUUCGAAUCCUCAAACUGGCACGGCAUUCGGUCGGGCUGCGUUCGCUUGGAGCAACGCUCCGUCACAGCUACCAUGAGGUCGGACUCCUCAUCCUCUUCCUUUCCGUGGGAAUCUCCAUUUUCUCAGUGCUCAUCUAUUUUGUGGAGAGGGAGGACGAUGAGUCGGAAUUGCAGACCAUACCAGUAGGCUGGUGGUGGGCGACGAUCAGCAUGACCACGGUGGGAUACGGCGACACGUAUCCCAUCACGUUGGCUGGGAAACUCAUCGCCACCUUGUGCAUCAUUUGCGGCCUGCUUGUAGUCGCCCUUCCAAUCACUAUCAUCUUCAACAAGUUCUCCAAGUACUACCAGAGACAGAAAGCCCUGGUGGACUCUGAGCAGCUUCAGCCAGAGGACGAAAAACUGCCAAAUCUCAGCAUGCCUUUUCUUUACAUAGGAGACCUCUACGGACAAAAGAUGACUUCUCUGGUGCGUAGCACGUCCUCCAAGAGUAGUGCGGGGAGUGAGGGAGGCGUCACUGAUGCUUCCAGCAUUCAGGAUGUUGAAAUUGUCUGCCCUACUGGGAUGCCACAGUCUGACAAAGCAACAUAAAUCUGGGUUCUUCAAAUCCGGUCUUGGACGGCCACUGCUUUGCAGAGUUUAGCUCAAACCAGUGAUCUUGAAAACCUUGGUGAGAUGUGUUUGUUUAUGGUUGGAGCUAAACUAUGCAGGGCAUUGGCCCUCCAGAGCAAUAUUUGAGGAACCCUGAUACAAAUGAUUAUAUGCACAACCUCAAAUGAAUAGAGCGUGAAGAAACAAAAAUAAACUUCCUUGCUUAGAUCUGCAGCACACGUUGAUGAAACACAACAGGACCCUAAGACACAAGGCUCUUUCUUACCGAGGUACUCCUGGACCUUCAGUCAAAAGCACUAUUUCUCUUUAGUUCUCAGGGUGAAAAUAUCUCAAGCUUUCCAUUAUUUACAGAACCUGUUAUGGACACUAAUCUAUACAACAGGCUAGCAGUAACACUAAUGGUCUAUACCCAAUUAACAGCACUGAUUGACAGGUGGUUUUUUUUAUUCUUCCGACAAGCUGUUCAUUUAAUUACAAGCCUUUCUGCAGUGCCUGUGGGAAAAGGACUAUGCUUAAAUGUUUUAUAGGCAAUGACAGCAUCUAAAAUGCUGGACUUCAGAUGGCAUGUUGGUAUAUACCAUCCUUCCUAAUGUGUCCACCAGAGACGGAAGGACGGAAAGAGUGCAUGCAUAUUUCAACAGGAGAGAGGAGAAGCCACAAGAGAGAGGGGAGAAGAAAGCAGGAAAGUGAUGUUACAGUUGAAUAAAGUGUUGAUAUACAGUAGAUUUAAGUUUCUGCUCUUUGUUCUGAAAUCACUGCAUGGGUCUGCAGAGAGAUGAAGGGUCUUGAAAGAAAUGGUUCACCCCAAAAUGAAAAUUGUUAUUAUCUACAAAACCUCAUGUCGUUUGAGACUUGUAGUCUGUUAUUUUGAUGUGAAGCACACUACAGCUUCAGUAUAAUGCAGUUUAU